AUGGCGGAGGCUGCACCAGAGAUCCUCGUCCGCCUGCCCCCCAAAGCCCUCCUCCGCUGUCGUGCCGUCUGUCGUGCCUGGCGCGGUGCCACCUCCACCCACGACUUCCUCCUCGCUCACCACGCCCGCCAGCCCGCCCUCCCCCUCAUCUACGCCUACAAUUUCAAGUGCGACGGAGACCGCGUCAAGUUCCUAGACAUCAUUCCCUUCGACCACCGAGUAGGGGCCGCCACCGCCGACCGGCUCCAGUCCGUCGCGCAAAUUGACCUCUCCUAUCCUGGUAUGGAGGUCUCUUGUGAUGGUCUCCUCGUCUUCUCCGUAGGAGAAAACAGAAAUUUGUCCGUCUACAAUCCGGCAACUCGUCAAUAUGCUCCACUCCCACAGAUUGCUGGCUUCAUGUUGCUGGGGAUGUACCCGCACAGCCCAACCGGCAAGUACAGAUUAUUGUUGUACUUGAGUGAUGCAAAUCUGGGACAAGAUGGCUCCUAUGUCUUUUCAUUAGGCUCCGACCAGUCGCCGAGGUACAAAGGGUAUCCCAAUGCAUUUGAAUUGAUGUUCACCAGACCCAUUUUGUUCCGUGGUAACCUGCAUUGGCAAAUUCUAGAGAGCGCGGGCAACAUGUUAAAGGUAUUCGACACCACCGCUGAGUCGUUCCGGCAGAUGCGUGCUCCGCCUCUUCCUUACCCCGCUCACCUGUUUGAGAUGGAUGGAAUGCUCAGCAUGUCCAGCUUUGAUGAGGCAACCAACACAACCAUUGAUAUCUGGAUGUCACAAGACUAUGACAACGAGCUAUGGGCCUUGAAAUACCGGGUUAAAUUACCAGUUGCAGAUCUCACUGUGCAGUUUGGAAAGUUUGUUGAGUAUUGGAAUUUCAUGGUCACUUCUAGGGAUGGUGGUGUGUCCAUGCUAGUCAAAUUUGGUGAGUGGCUACUUCAGUUUGACAUCAAUGGCAAGUUGAUUGCCAGUUUCCAUUUUAGAGGCCUCGUUCCUGCUGAACAUUGUCUCAAGCAAACUCUUGUUCAGCAUACCUUCUUUCCAAUGCUACAGGGUUAUGUUGUGAACAAUUCAUCUUUCAUCGGAUGUUAG